AAUGCAACACGGUAGACUCCGGGCAGAGCAUUCAUUCGGUACUUAUACAUUCGACUGUACGGCACGCUGCUGUGUAACGGCGCGGCGCGACGAAUACAUUUGGUGGGGCGACGAAAAGAGGGGAAGAAGCGGACCGUCGAGCAGAAGAAGGAGAAGAAGAAGAAGAGGGGAAACGUCGGCCGGGUCUGGUGGGGAAGAACGAGAAGAACCGACGAAUCGCGUGAGAGAAGAAGCGUAGUAGAGCAGUUAGGUGCACAUCGGUGCACGUACGGGGAACGAAAGUGACGGCACGCCGUGUAUAACCGAAACGCGGAACAGGCGAGCGUCGCGAGCAAAGCGCACGGACACGAGAACGUUUGAUGUCGCAUAUAUCCGUGCCGUAUCUUCACGGCUAACGCUUGGCGAUUAGAACUAUCCGGGUGCCGCGUGUGUAUAUAUUUUUUUUCCACCGAGCUUCUUCGGCUUACCGCCGCGAUACCAGAGGAUGGCGUCCGACGAGGAGGUGGACGAGAGCUACGCGGGAGAGGAUGAUUUAGACGAAACCAGUGGUCAGGUUUCGAAUGUGAACCAGCAAGUAGAUGGUUCGUCCGACGCGGAAGAAUCUCAAAGACUAGAAGAAGAUGACGAUUACGAGCCGGAGGAGAGGAAAAAGAAAAAGGGUAAGAAGCGAAAAGCACGUAGCGAAGACAAGAAGGGAAAGAAAAAGAAGAAAAAGAAAAAAUCUGACUCCGGAGAUGAGAGCGACUUUGGAGGAGGCGGCGAUGCCGGUGACGUGGCAGGGGACGAUAGCGAUUAUGCAGCUAAUAGGAAAAGUAGGAAAUCUUCCUCCAGGAAGUCGUCGAGUCACAGCGCCGCGGCGGCUCCUCCCAGCCAGGAACCGACCACCGGCAUGCCCACGAUCGAGGAAGUCUGCAACACCUUCGGUCUGACCGACGUACAAAUCGAAUACACCGACGCGGACUUCCAGAACCUGACCACUUAUAAAUUAUUCCAACAACACGUCAGACCACUUUUGGCAAAGGAGAAUCCAAAAGUUCCAAUGUCAAAGCUCAUGAUGUUGGUUGCGGCUAAGUGGCGCGAUUUCUCCGAACUGAACCCUCACACACAGCCAGACGCAGACGUGUCCUCUGCGAAUGUUGACGAGGACGGCAGGAACGCGAGGGCAAAUCGCGGUGCUGCGGUUCAAGAAGGCGAGGACGAAGAGGACGAUGACGAGGACAGCGACAGAAAGCGGAAGUCGAGGGGAUCCAGAGCGAAAAAGGGUAAGAAAGCGUCGAAGGUACCGACGUUGAAGAUCAAGCUCGGUAAACGCAAACGUGGAAGCUCGGACGAGGAAGCGGAAGGCAGCGGCGCUGGCACUGACAGGGACUCGGACAUGGAAUUCGAGCAGAUGUUGGCUGACGCGGAGGAGCCUUCCGGCACGGAGGGGACCAGCAAAGGGAACGCGGAAGAGAGCGGAGUCGAGCCACCGGCGGAACCACCUGUUCGCAGGAAGGCGAAAACCAAAAUCGGAAACAAGACUAAGAAGAAGAAAAAGACGAAAACCACGUCCAAGUUUCCGGACGGAGAGGAGGGUCUUCAGACCGAUCACCAGGAUUAUUGCGAGGUGUGCCAACAAGGCGGAGAAAUCAUUCUUUGCGACACGUGUCCCAGAGCUUAUCACUUGGUAUGCCUGGACCCUGAACUGGAGGAAACACCCGAAGGGAAAUGGAGUUGUCCUCAUUGCGAGGGAGAAGGUGCAGCUGAGGACGAUGACGAGCAUAUGGAGUUCUGUAGAAUAUGUAAAGACGGCGGUGAACUGUUAUGCUGCGACAGCUGUACCAGCGCGUAUCACACGCACUGCUUGAAUCCACCGCUCUCAGAAAUCCCAGAUGGUGACUGGAAGUGUCCUCGAUGUUCUUGUCCACCUAUACGAGGGAAAGUCGCAAAGAUCUUAACGUGGAGGUGGAAAGAGUGUCCUGAAACUCCUUCGGAGGAACCGUCGACGAGCAAAGCCGCUCCGAAACAACGUAGGAUCCGCGAAUUCUUUGUCAAAUGGGCAGAUAUGUCUUACUGGCAUUGCGACUGGAUCACAGAACUUCAAUUAGACGUAUUCCAUCCCCUGAUGUUCAGAAACUAUUCACGAAAGUAUGACAUGGACGACCCGCCAAAGUUGGAGGAGCCGCUGGACGAGAGCGAUACCCGUGUGAAGCGGCUGAAAGAGCAGGACAUCGUUCUCAACAGGGACGAGUACAACUUGGAAGAGAGAUUCUAUCGUUACGGCGUUCGACCGGAUUGGCUCAUAGUGCAUCGCGUUAUCAAUCACAGACUGUCGAGAGACGGCAGAGCGACGUACCUCGUCAAGUGGAGAGAGCUGGGGUACGAUCAGGCCACGUGGGAGGACGAGCACGAGGACAUCCCCGGUUUGAAACAGGCUAUCGAGUACUAUUUGGAUCUCAGAGCUGCUAAUUGCUGCGAUGUUAAUACCUCGCGCAAGGGCAAGAAGGGUGAGAAGAGUAAGGGCAAGAAAUCAAAGACCCGGGAACUCAUUGACGACGAAGAGAGAACUCCGAAGAGGUACACUCCGCCGCCGGACAAACCCACGACGGAUCUCAAGAAGAAGUACGAGCGACAGCCGGAGUAUUUGGAUCAGACUGGAAUGCAGUUGCAUCCUUAUCAAUUGGAAGGUUUGAAUUGGUUGAGAUACUCCUGGGGCCAAGGCAUAGACACCAUUCUAGCCGACGAGAUGGGUCUGGGAAAAACUAUCCAGACCAUCACCUUCCUCUACUCGUUGUACAAGGAGGGCCACUGCAAGGGACCCUUCCUCGUCUCCGUCCCUUUAUCGACCAUCAUCAAUUGGGAGCGUGAAUUCGAAACCUGGGCGCCUGACUUUUACUGCGUUACCUACGUUGGUGAUAAGGACAGUCGUAUCGUGAUCCGCGAGAACGAAUUGUCGUUCGAGGAGGGCGCCGUUCGCGGAGGACGAGCGUCGAAGAUCCGAUCAAAUCAAAUCAAGUUCAACGUGUUGUUAACAAGUUACGAGUUGAUUUCAAUCGACUCCGCGUGCCUGGGCUCGAUAGACUGGGCCGUGCUGGUAGUAGACGAAGCGCACAGACUGAAAUCGAAUCAGUCCAAGUUCUUCAGGCUAUUAGCGUCCUACAAUAUCGCUUACAAGCUGUUACUGACUGGCACACCGCUGCAGAACAACUUGGAAGAGUUGUUCCAUCUGUUGAACUUCCUGUGCCGCGACAAGUUCAACGAUCUGGCUGCGUUCCAAAAUGAGUUCGCCGAUAUUUCAAAGGAGGAACAGGUGAAGAAGUUACACGAACUGCUCGGACCUCACAUGCUCAGGAGACUGAAGGCCGACGUGUUGAAGAACAUGCCGAGCAAGUCGGAGUUCAUCGUCCGCGUUGAAUUGUCACCGAUGCAGAAGAAGUAUUACAAAUACAUCUUGACGAGGAAUUUCGAAGCUUUGAAUCCAAAGGGCGGCGGCCAACAAGUGUCUUUGUUGAACAUCAUGAUGGACUUGAAGAAAUGCUGCAAUCAUCCUUACUUGUUCCCAGCUGCUUCCCAAGAAGCGCCCACUGCGCCGAACGGCAGUUACGAGACAUCCGCGUUGAUCAAAGCAGCCGGCAAGCUCGUGUUGUUAAGCAAGAUGUUAAAGAAAUUGAGAGACGAUGGACACAGAGUAUUGAUCUUCUCGCAGAUGACAAAAAUGUUGGACAUCCUAGAAGAUUAUUUGGAAGGAGAGGGUUACAAAUAUGAGAGAAUAGACGGGAACAUCACCGGCGCGCAGAGGCAGGAGGCCAUCGACAGAUUCAACGCGCCCGGGGCACAACAAUUCGUAUUCCUACUCUCGACUCGUGCCGGCGGUCUAGGUAUCAAUUUGGCCACCGCUGACACGGUAAUCAUCUAUGACUCGGAUUGGAAUCCGCAUAACGACAUCCAAGCGUUCAGCAGAGCACACAGGAUUGGUCAAGCUAACAAAGUGAUGAUCUAUCGAUUCGUCACGCGUAACUCUGUCGAGGAACGUGUCACGCAAGUGGCUAAACGUAAAAUGAUGCUGACGCAUUUGGUUGUGAGACCUGGUAUGGGUGGUAAGGGCGCUAACUUCAGCAAACAGGAACUUGACGAUAUUUUACGGUUCGGUACCGAGGAAUUAUUUAAAGAGGAGGAAGGUAAAGAAGACGAGGCGAUUCAUUAUGAUGAUAAGGCCGUAGCUGAAUUGCUGGACAGAAGCAAGGAGGGUAUCGAACAGAAAGAGAAUUGGGCCAAUGAAUAUUUGAGUUCUUUCAAAGUCGCGUCGUAUGUCACCAAGGAAGGUGAAACCGAGGAGGAAGCAGACACGGAAAUCAUCAAACAGGAAGCUGAGAAUACGGAUCCGGCUUACUGGAUUAAGUUACUGAGGCAUCAUUACGAACAGCAACAAGAAGAUAUUGCCAGAACCCUUGGAAAAGGUAAACGAAUACGUAAGCAGGUGAAUUAUAAUGAUGGAAUAGCAACCGGAGACCAGAGCACGAGAGACGAUCAGCCUUGGCAGGAGAACCUCUCCGAUUACAACAGCGAUUUCAGUGCUCCCAGCGAUGACGACAAAGAAGAUGACGACUUCGAUGAGAAAGGCGACGGAGACUUAUUAUCUCGUAGAAGCAGGCGAAGAUUGGAGAGGAGGGACGAGAAAGAUAGACCUCUUCCUCCGUUACUCGCAAGAGUUAAUGGAAACAUCGAAGUCUUGGGUUUCAAUGCUCGGCAGAGGAAGGCGUUCCUGAACGCGAUCAUGCGCUACGGUAUGCCGCCGCAGGACGCGUUCAACUCUCAGUGUAUAUUGUCGCAUUUCAGGCUGGUGCGCGAUCUGAGGGGCAAGUCGGAGAAGAAUUUCAAGGCGUACGUUUCCCUGUUCAUGCGACACCUCUGCGAACCCGGUGCGGACAACGCUGAAACGUUCGCUGACGGCGUUCCAAGGGAAGGUCUCAGCAGGCAGCACGUGUUAACGAGAAUCGGCGUGAUGUCUUUGAUAAGGAAAAAAGUACAAGAAUUUGAACACAUAAACGGGUACUAUUCAAUGCCUGAGAUGAUUCGUAAACCUGUGGAACCGGUGAAGGUGGAGAGCGGUGGCGAUGGAGCGACUGGGACCAGCAGCACCAGUGCCACGCCGGCUACUUCGAACGCGCCGAGCCCGAGUCCUGCCGCCACUCCAACUCCGACCACCGUUUCGGCGGCCUCAGAAUCGAACAAGGGUAAUUCGGAGUCCGAUACGAAAGACAUCAAGGAAGAACAAAAAGACAAAGAGAGUACCGAUAAAGAUUUGAAGGAAGAACCAAAAGACUCCAAGGACGAAGAGGAGAGUAACGCGGACAAGGAUAAGGAAAAGGAGGACGUGAAGAAGGAGGAGAAAGAUUCGGAGGAAGGUACGGAUAAGGAGAAGGAGAAAGCAGAGGGCAAAGAUGAAAAGUCGGCAACGAAACACGACGAAAAAGCAGAGAGUAGUGAUAAUAAACCGAAACAGGAAGCCGAGGAGGACGUAGUUAUCGUUAAGGACGACGAAGAGGAAACUGAAAAACGAGAGGAGAAGGAUAGUAAAGAUAAGGAUGUAAAGGACUGUGAUUCCGAAGUAGUAAAGCCCAAACGGAAGUUCAUGUUCAACAUCGCCGACGGUGGUUUUACCGAACUCCACACGUUAUGGCUGAACGAGGAGAAAGCGGCGGUGCCUGGUCGCGAGUACGAGAUCUGGCAUCGGAGACACGACUACUGGCUGCUGGCCGGUAUAGUCACGCACGGCUAUGGCCGUUGGCAAGACAUUCAAAACGACAUCAGGUUCGCGAUCAUAAACGAACCUUUCAAGAUGGACGUCGGCAAGGGGAACUUCUUGGAGAUAAAGAACAAGUUCCUCGCUCGACGGUUCAAGCUGUUGGAACAGGCGUUAGUGAUAGAGGAACAGUUGAGACGAGCAGCGUACCUGAACCUGACGCAGGACCCUAACCACCCUGCGAUGAGCUUGAAUGCAAGAUUUGCCGAAGUCGAGUGCCUUGCGGAAUCGCAUCAACACCUUAGCAAAGAGAGUCUCGCCGGCAACAAACCGGCGAACGCUGUCUUGCACAAAGUGCUGAAUCAACUGGAAGAACUGUUGUCCGAUAUGAAAUCAGACGUGAGCCGUUUACCAGCGACUCUAGCUCGCAUUCCACCUGUUGCUCAGAGACUUCAGAUGUCAGAGAGGUCGAUACUGAGCCGACUGGCAGCCACUGCGCCAGGUGGAAGCAGUUCCCAGUCCGGUCAAGCUGCGUUGCUGGCACAACAAUUCCCGGCUGGGUUCUCCGGUGGUCAGUUGCCUGCUACCUUCGCCGGCGCCGCCAAUUUCGGAAAUUUCAGACCACAAUACUCAGUGCCGGGUCAACCACCGCAAGGAUUCACGGCUUGAACGGCGAAGAGUUGACGUAGUGUGGCUCAAACAGGAAUUCGUGACGGCGCAGGAUAACAAGAUUGUGUGCGCUGUAUUUUAUUUUUGGUAAAUUACGAUUGUUAGCUGAAUUUCAUUAAAAGAAGAGACGCUAAGGUUUUAACGAGGUAACGAGACAGGCAGACAGACACACACGCAUAUGCAUAAACACGUAAAGGUAUCUUACAUCUGAAUUACAUUUACGACUCCCUGUAUUUAUUACAUGUACAUUCGGCGUUUAGCAUCAAGGUUUUCAUGUUUUUCUAUUCGUGCAUCUUACACGGUCCUUGUAGAAGAUUCGCGUAAAUUAUUUUCUUAAGCUAAUUAAGAGUAUGAUUUAUAGAAAAGAAUUUCUUCAUCGACCGUGGUGUGUGUUAUCGUAUCGUAUUAACGAUAAGAAAUGUUUUACUUAAAGGCAACGUAAAUAAAGGAGCGUAGCUUAUUUAAAGGGGGCGAGCAUAGGAUUUACGUGAAAAUCGACGAAGUUUAAACGUGUAAGAAUCCGCUCGACAUAAUUUAUUCGCAAAGCCUCUCUGUUCGUGACAAUAGUUUCCCGAUCGAAAGACUUAAUUAGUCUAACGAAACACGUGUCCCCUCGGUACGAUGGGUGUCAAUUCGAAUGCUGUAUGGAACCAAUGCUCGUCAAACGAAAGUUUCGACAAACAAGCCGUACCAUCAUUGCACGUAAACGCGAUGAACAAUGGCAAUCAUUUUAGUUAAGACUGACGUUCACCUACUCUAUUCGGGAGAAUUCAUUUCCGUAAACGCUAACGUGGGUUUCCGAUACAUUUAAAAAUGCAUCGUCAAGGUCUCGGUUUUAAAUUUCUUUUUUUAAGAGACGUAUCGUGUAAGUACCGUGUCGGGGAGGGCAGAGGCACAAAAUGAAGUCUGUUUGAUACUUAAAUAUUAUUAAUGAUAUAAAGCACACGAUAAUACGUAACUCCGUGGGGGGAGGAGGACGAUGGAGGUCGAUUGUUUUAUUUUAAAACAGAAGGAAAGGAAUGAAGAUGAGUCACGAACAUUAGGACUUAGGUUCGAAUUUGAUAAUACCGUGAUCGUUCGAUAAUAUACUUUGUAUAUACAUACAAUGCAUACAUACAUGUCGAGUUACAUUUUACCGCACCGUAUGCCAGAGCACACCCACGCAACCAUAUUAUAUAGUACUCUCGUAUAAGAAAACCUGGAAAGCACGUCACGCCCCAUGCAUUAUAUUAGGUUUUAAAGGAAAAAUCAAUCGACGAUGGUACUGGAUGUAAUUAAUUGACAACAGCUAUUGAGUAAAUGAUAGUUCAAUUUUUUGUACCCCAGGUUCGAGACACACUAGAACAGCAUUUUUUGAUUUCCGAUCUGCCAAAUGAUUGCGUUGGCACAUAAGUUUUUAAGGGUAAUUUAGGAUCGUAGUUAAGAAAUUUUGAGAGUGAGAGAGAGUGAGUGACAGUGAGAAUCAGUGUGUUUGUGCAUUUUGUCGGGGAUGAAUAAAAGAAGAACGAGUGAAUCUGUGAGUAUAAAGAACUUGAGGAAGUAAGUCGAACCACGUUUGUUGUAUGUAUUAAUUCUGCUGGAAUAAAUUAAUAAUUAGAAACUA